AUGGCCACCAUCCGCCGAGCCGGAGGAGCAGGAGGAAAAGGAGGCAUGGAGGAAGAGACUGCCGGUGCUCCCAACAGCCGGGCGGAAGCGCCGGCGCGCCACCCGCCGCACCUGCCGACGCCGCUCGAGCGGGCGGCGCUCGCGCUGUUCCCCGUGAUGCUCGCCUUCGGGACCGUCUUCUCCCUCGUUUCGCCCGAGACGCGGGCGGCGCCUUACUUUGCACGCAAGUCAAACGUCUUCAAUGUCGUCUUCGUCAAGCGUGGCUGGGGGUGGACGACGCUCGCCUUUGUUGUCUUUCUCGUCACGCAUCCCAGCUACGGCAGCAACGACAACAGCAGCAACACCGGCUGGGACCUGACUCCGAGGCGUGCCCGCGCGGCGCUCCGGUGGACAGCCGUCACCGGGUGGUGGUUUCUCUUUACGCAGUGGUGUCUGGGCCCGCCCGUCAUCGACCGCGGGUUCCGCUGGACAGGGGGGAGGUGUGAGCUUGCGCGGCGCGAGGUGGAGAUGGGCGAUGCGUCGGACGUGGGCGUCGGGGAGAUGCUCACGGCCGUGGCGUGCAAGGCGGCGGGCGGGCGGUGGCAGGGCGGGCACGACAUCUCGGGCCACGUGUUCCUGCUCGUCCUCGGCACCGUCUUUCUCAUGCACGAGGUUGGGUGGCCGCUGUUGCGGUGGAGCAGUGCCUGGCGCGAGGAGAGGUGCGUCGUCAUGCCCGACGGGGCCAUCAAGGGUGCAGGCGUCGAGGCGGGCGACCCGAACUCCAAUCAAGGACGAAGUCGACCGGCCGACGGCUGGGAGGGACGCUAUGCGCUCGGGGCGGGUGGCAAGAUUGUGCUGGUGGUUGCGGGCUUGAACCUGUGGAUGCUGCUCAUGACGGCCAUUUACUUUCACACCUGGUUCGAAAAGUUGACGGGUCUUUUGACGGCGCUGCUGGGAUGGUAUGUCGUCUAUGUUGUGCCGCGCUUCGUGCCCGCGCUGCGGGCGUGGGUGGGACUGCCGGGGAUAUAG